CCGGGAACUAUCAUAGGUCAUGAACCACGUGCACCAGCCUGACAAAUCACCAAAAACUCUCGUUGAGCCAAGCUGUCGCGAUAACUGGUGGGGUCUGGAUUCAAAUCGUGGCGGCUGGACUGAUCGUUGACAAGAUGGCAGCAGAGGAGGAGAUCAAGCUGCUGAGGAUCCAGCUCAGAGAGAAGGAGGAGCAGGUCCAUCAGGCUGCUCAAGCUGGCCUGGAUCUCCUCAACCAGCAGAUGGAGCUGCAAAACCGACUGGAUGAACAAAGAGUAGAAAUGACAAACGCUCUUGAGGCUCUUGAGCAAGACAAGUACUCCUUGCAGAAGGAAGUGGAGCUGAAGACUCGGAUUCUGGAAUCACUGCAGUCAGACUUCGAGUGUGUGAAGAACCAGCAGAAACGGCAGCUCCAAGAACAGCAAGAGCAUCUGGAGAGGACUCAUAGUAUGGCACUCAGUGAGCUUCACAACAAGAUUCUGAGGUUGCACUCUGCUCUGGAGGAGUCCCAGCUGAAUGAAAAACAGCUGAAACACAAACUGGAAAUGCAGACUGAGACGCUGAACAACAAGCUGGAGGAGCUCCGAGCUCUAAAUGAACACACACAGAGUUCCAUGACGUCUGAGAUGAUGGAGGUGCAGGUGAAGAUCACAGAGCUGGAGAACAUUAAGGAUGAGCUGGAGCAGGAGCUGCAGGAAUCUCAGUACAAGGAGCAGCAGCUGGAGCUGACCAACAGCAGCCUGCAGCGGCAGCUGGAGCGAAUCACAGAGGAGAAGGAGGAAAGGGAGAGAGAGGCCGUCUCCUGGUUUAAUGCAUUAGAGAAAUCUCGUGAGGCCAACAGGGAUCUGCAGAUCCAGUUGGAUCAGGUUCUUCAGCAGGCCCAGGAUCCAAACAGCAAAGGAAACUCUCUGUUUGCUGAGUUAGAGGAUAAACGGGCUGAGAUGGAGAGACAGCUCAUCAGUAUGAAGGUCCAGUAUCAGUCACUGCAGAAAAUACAUGCCUUCAGCAAACAGCAGAUGCAGCGCAUGAAGGUGCAGAUAGCCACUCUGAUGCAGCUGCAGGGGUCCAGGGCUGACCCUGCACAGCUGGAGAGACUGCAGUCGAUGCUGUCUGAGAAAAACGGAGAGAUCCAGAAUCUGAUGACCAAACUGCAGAGACUGGAGAAGGUGGAGAUGUUGUUAAAGUCUCAGCCAGCUAAUCCAGCCACAGCUGACGGCGGUGAUGGCCAGGAUGAAACGUACUACACCGACCUGCUCAAAAUGAAGCUCAGCAACACUGUUAAGGAUGCAGAGCGCCUGGGAGACGAGCUUUCCCUUCAGAGGAUGAAGUCUUUGUCAGAGAGUCAGAGAGCUCUGGAGCUCGAGAGGAAACUCUUCACAUCUGAACGGCUGCUCAAACAGGCUCAGAGUGACAAAAUCAAGUUGCAGUUGCGAGUUGAGGAGCUCCAACACAAAUAUGAGCCAAAAGAGGCAAAGAAGAAUCUCAUCCAGAAGAGGAAGAAAGAGAAACUUCCCGUUGACAUCACACCAUCCUUGGAGGAGACACCGCUCGGCAGGGCCGAGCAGGUCGUUGCUGUGAUGACGGAUGCAGCUGGUUGUGAGACUGCAGACCCUGAGGCUGACACAUGUCCUCCACGGAGCUCCACAGCAGGUCCAGAGGCUGAGCCGCGGCCUGCCAAGUGUGUGAAGAUCAGUGGAAACGAACCUAUUGUGAUUCCCAACCCCAGCUCUCCUUCAAGCGACUGUAAGGAGAAAGAGACGGAGGAGAACCAGCAGCAGAAUAACCGAGAGGAGAGGAGGAGGAAACAGAAAGCAGUUGAGAUGAUCCACGUCAGUUCUAACAGCAGUAUGGAGAACCAGUGCGCUCAGCAGUAGGACUCGUCUGGCCCGUACUCGAUACUAUAACACAUGUAGAUGCUGCUGCUGUAACAGCUGAUAUUCUUUUAAAUCUGUUCUUACCAAUAACAUGUUUUUGUUCUACAGUUGUAUCCACACAUUUAACUCUAUUAAAACAGUUU